GUAACAAAUCUUUUACUUAAACCUUUCGACUUUUUUUAUGUUAAUACGCAAACGUGUGGACACUAUAAUUUUUAAAUUAUUUUCCAGUAAAUAAUUGCGACUUCGAAGUUUUGCCUUGUUCAUCAUACUCAGCAAUUCUAUGUAUCUGCCUUCGAUAUCUGUACUGAUAAAAUACAAAAUACAUUUCCGCUAUUAAAAAUAAUUCAAGAACAUGAAACUUCCGUUCACGGAUACCUCUUUACAAACUAUGAAAAUCAGCGUUGAAAUCUGUGCUCGUCGAAUUCCUCAGCUCAUUAGUAACGGAUUUUACCUAUAAUAUUUUGUUUAGCUUCAAAGAGGGUGCAAAAAAUAAAUAUACCACACGCGCACUUUCGGUGCGCAAAGUGUUGCGCCUCCGACCGAAAAUACAAUAUACUGUAAAAAUACUGUGUUAAUUUUAAAUAUAGUUUACAUUUGCAUAGUUUGAAAAACCCGGAUAAUCACGUAAAGAAUUUUUUCCGCAUUCCUUAUAAUUUUACAUAAUAGUGAUGUGUAUCCAUAACCUAUAAUUAUAAUCUUCAAAAUCGUGGCAUAAAUUGUACGCGUAACGAUAUUUUAAUGCUUGUUGAAAAAACAGUCGUUAAAUAUAUAGGUCAAAGUAACAAUGUAAAAUUCAUAGGCGUAAGUAGUCAUGCCGAUUGAAAACAAAAAGUAUUAUGGCUCAACGGAUUACUCAGAUCGAGAGUUCCAUUCUACUGACUUCGGUGAAAUUUUGAAAAUCGAAGAAAAUUGUUACAUUAUCGAAUAACAAAGAAACUCCCGAUGAUCACCGCGAUCCAAACUUCAGUUGUCACUUCCAGUCACCUCGCAAUUCAAUGAGAAGCAGUUUCUGCUCGUCCCAUUCAAUCGUACGGUAGCAGAGCAUUUUUUCCAAUGACGAGUGAAACUGACGAGAUGGACGGUAAUCAAAUACUUGCCGAAGCCCUUAAAACUCAGGGGCUGGAGUAUGUUUUUGGGAUUACAGGACAUCCAGUUAUAGAGUUAGCUAUGGAAAUGCAAACUGCAGGUCUUCAGUAUUUGGGAUUCAGAAAUGAACAAGCAGCAUGCUACGCUGCCCAAGCUUAUGGUUACCUUACCAGAAAGCCAGGCGUAGUUCUUUGUGUCUCAGGGCCAGGAUUACUACAUGUUGUCGGCGGUAUGGCAAAUGCACAAGUCAACUGUUGGCCAGUGUUAGUAAUUGGAGGAUCAUGUCCGCAAGAUCAUGAAGGAAUUGGGGGCUUUCAAGAAUGGCCGCAAGUAGAAAGCAGUCGCCCGUACUGCAAAUAUGCUGCGAGACCACCUUCAGCUGCACUUAUUCCUGUUCAUGUUGAAAAAGCUGUGAGACUAGCCACAUAUGGCAGACCUGGCGCUGCUUAUUUAGACAUGCCGGCCACAAUUCUGACUCAAAGAGUUGCUGGAAAGAAAGUUGCAAAGAUCCUGCGAUGUCCACCACCACCCUUAAUAUAUCCUCAGCCACAGCUCAUAGAACAAGCAGUGAACAUAUUGGCUAACGCUAAGAAGCCUUUGAUUAUUGUUGGAAAAGGAGCCGCUUAUGCACGUGCCGAAAAAGGAGUUCAAGACCUUGUGUAUUCCACAAACUUACCUUUCUUGCCAACUCCAAUGGGCAAAGGUGUGGUACCAGAUACAGAUGAACAUUGUGUAUCCAGUGCAAGAACAUUAGCUUUGCAACAGAGUGAUGUGGUAUUACUUUUGGGAGCCAGAUUAAACUGGAUGUUGCACUUUGGACAGCCGCCUCGGUACCAGAAAAAUGUGAAAGUGAUCCAGGUGGAUUUGUGCGCUGAAGAAAUGCACAAUUCGUUGCAAGCUGCUGUAGCCAUACAGGCUGACAUAGGACCAGUGGUACAUCAGAUGUCGCAAGCAUUUAAAAACCGGAAAUUUAAUUUCAGUCAAACUAGUUCAUGGUGGAAAGAAUUGCGUGCAAAGGCUGAAAAAAAUAAGCAGGCUGUUGGUGCUAUGGCACAAGUCACAUCACUCCCACUGAACUAUUACACAGUCUUUAAAAGUAUUGAAGAUCUAAUUCCAAACGAUUCUAUUAUCUGUUCUGAGGGUGCCAAUACAAUGGAUAUUGGACGUACUAUGCUCUUCAAUAGAUUACCACGACACAGGUUGGAUGCAGGGACUUUUGGUACAAUGGGUGUAGGCCCAGGUUUUGCAAUAGCAGCUGCUCUUUACUGUAAAGAUAACUACCCCAAGAAAAGAGUAAUUUGCGUCGAAGGGGACAGUGCAUUCGGGUUUUCCGGUAUGGAAGUUGAAACAAUGUUUAGAUACAAAUUACCCAUAAUUAUUAUAAUAAUAAACAACAACGGAAUUUAUAGUGGGUUAGAUAAAGAGACGAUGAGGCAAAUACAGGAUGCUGGUGAAGCGACACAAGUAACACCAACCCGUUCACUGACUGUUGAGACACACUAUGAAAAAAUAAUGGAAAUGUUUGGAAAGAAGGGUCAUUUUUGUUCAACGAUACCUGAAUUAGAAAAAGCUGUGAAAAGUGCUUUGAAGGAAACUGAUUCACCAAGUAUAAUCAACACUAUGAUCGACCCUUUAGCUGAUCGUAAAACACAAAGCUUCAAUUGGCUAACAGAGUCAAAAUUAUAAAUAUUAAAUUAAGAAUUUUAUACAAGGUUUUUUAUGGAAUAAAGAUAAGUUAUACUAUAA